AUGUGUCACGGAGCUCUCAGCUGUGAGCGCCGUCCAGCAGAGAGCCAUGGACAGGACACAGGGCCUAUUGGGGGAGAUAAAAACUGGAAGGGCAUUGGCAUCUCCCUACUGGUUAUUGUGGCGGUGCUGUCUCUCAUUGGUCUGUCCAUUGUUCUGCUGUCAAAAGAUGAUGGUGGUAAACCCUUUGGUUCACAUUUGACACUGGAUGACCUCUUUCAAAGAAACUUCCAAAUACACGAUCCUGAUGCAAAGUGGAUCAGUGAUGAGGAAUUCGUCUUUCGAAGCUGGGAUGGAGACAUCAUGAAAGUCAACAUACACAUCAAUGAGACAGAACUCCUGCUGAAAAACACCACAUUUGCUACUUUUAAGGCCUCAAAGUAUGCAGUUUCUCCAGAUCUGAACUUUGUUCUUCUGGGAUAUGAUGUCAAGCAGGUCUACCAGCACUCGUUCUUGGCUUCGUACCUGAUCUACAACCUGUAUACAAGAGAGGUGCGGGAGCUGAAUCCUCCAGAGGUGUCUGAUUCAGUCCUCCAGUUUGCCUCGUGGGGAGUUCACGGUCAGCAGCUGAUAUAUAUAUUUGAAAACAACAUUUACUACCAAACGGAUGUUCAGAGCAGUUCGUGGAGGCUAACGUCCUCUGGACAGGAGGGGAUCAUCUUCAACGGCAUCACAGACUGGCUUUAUGAGGAGGAGGUGUUGCACACACAGGUGGCCCACUGGUGGGCACCUGAGAGCUCAAGACUGGCCUACCUCACCAUCAACGACUCCCUGGUUCCCAACAUGCUCCUGCCCCGAUUCACAGGCUCUCUGUACCCCCGGGGGAAGGAGUACCCUUAUCCAAAGAUGGGGCAGAUCAAUCCCACCGUCAGACUCUAUGUCGUCUCUCUGGACGGCAGCUCCCAAACAACUGAACUGAGACCUCCUGACAGUUUUGAAAAGAGUGAGUACUACAUCACCAUGGUGAAAUGGGUGACACAGGACAGGCUGAGUGUGCGCUGGGUGAAUCGAGCUCAAAACGUGUCCAUACUUUCACUGUGUGACGUCACAACAGGGGACUGCGCCAAGAAACACGUGAUGACAUCAGAGAAGUGGCUUGAUCGUCAGAACGAGGAGCCAGUAUUUUCAGAGGAUUGCACAGCAUUCUUCAUCACUAUGCCCUUAAAACACGGUGGUCGCGGGGCAUUCAACCACAUCACCAUGAUCUCUAACCAAUCUGACGGUCAAGAGGUUAACCUCCGCCACCUGACCUCAGGAAGCUGGGAGGUCUCUACAAUCCUGGCCUACGAUGAGAGCACAAACUCACUUUAUUUCCUAAGUACAGAGGAAGGCUCAACACAACGGCAGUUGUACAGAGUCUCCACCGUGGAUCCAUUUCGUAAAGACUGUCUCACCUGCUCCCUCUUCAAAUCAGAGUGCACCUACUACGAUACCAUCCUCAAUCCAAACUAUCAACAUGUUCUUCUCAACUGCAGAGGUCCUGGAAUACCCCAAACUACUCUUCACAGUCUAAGUGAUAUGAACAAGCACAAGCCUGUGGCAAUGAACACAGUAUUAAGACAUGCACUGAUGAACAGGACAAUACCCAAGUGGGAAAGAAGAACUGUACAAAUCAACAACUUUGCACUUCGUCUGGAGUUACUUCUCCCAAUAUCUUUGGAUGAAACAAAGGAGCACCCACUUUUACUCAUUCUCGACAGCGCCCCUGGUGGCCAGGCUGUGUCUGACCUCUUCUCUCUGAGCUGGGACUCUGUGCUGGUCAGCUCGGACAGCGUCAUCGUGGCUCGUCUGGACGGCCGGGGCAGCGGCUUCCAGGGUCAGAGGGUCCUGCACGACGUUCACCAGAGACUGGGGACUGUUGAUGUUCAGGACCAGGCCGAUGCUUUGGAGCACCUGGUCAGGCUACCCUAUAUUGAUGGCAACAGAGUUGGAGUUUAUGGAAAGGCAUAUGGAGGAUUUCUUGCCUCUCUCCUGCUCCUCUCCCACAGCUCCAUGUUCCAUUGUGGCAUCGCUGUCGCUCCCAUAACAAACUGGAGACUCUAUGGGUCGGCCCACGCUGAGAAAUACUUUGGCUCCGCAGCAAAAGAAGAUCACAAAUACCAAAUUUCCAGUCUGCUCAGUAACAUCACAUCACCGAGUCCUCUGAACUUUCAUAUUAUCCACGGCACCGCGGAUGCCACUGUUCAUUUCCAGCAUUCUGCUGAGUUGGUCAAACUGCUGUCUGGGUUGAAUGUUAACUACACUCUCCAGAUUUUCCCAGAUGAAGGACACAAUAUGGCCGCCACCAAAAGCCAACACUACAUGCUGCACUCAGUGCUCACCUUCUUCAAGCUCUGCUUCGAGGAAAAGCAGGUCGUCGCCCCGCAGACAUCUAAAGAGGUCGACUAG